UGUUUCUUCUUUGCAGCAGUCAAAGAGUCUUUUCUUUUGAACUGGACAACCGUCCCAGCCACAACUGAGUCAGCAAAAUAGGAAACACUGGGAUAUCACUUCCUGCUGGACUUAUUUUUGAUGGUUCAGCAAGAAACACUGUUUUGCUGGAAUACAUGAAGUGUUUCCUCCUUUUAUUUCCCCCUUUCUUUUUUCUCAUGUUUUGAAUUCUUGUGUUCAACAUCAGUGGCCAUGGCUUCAGAACAAGCUCGGCUGCACAGAUGCGUGCAGAGUCGCCGCUCCACCAUCAAUUGUCUCUCAAAGUGUGUAGAAGACACCAAAACUUUGCCAUUUUCUCAGGAGAAAAGGGUCAAAGCAUGGAGCUCGCUGGAGAACCUUGAUCCUUGCACCAAAACAGAGAAAAAACUUGAAUGGCAGCAGAGCAUCAGCAUUAAUGUUGGAGGGAAGGUGUUUCAUAUCCCCAAACACUGUGCCAUUAAAUAUCCCAACACCCGCAUCGGCUCAUUGGUCCUCUGCAGGGACAGAACGAAACUCCAGACUCUGUGUGACGACUACUCCGUUUGCAAGAAUGAGUUUUUCUUUGACCGCGAUCCCGCUUUCUUCCACCAUGUCUGCCAUUUCUACACAAGUGGCGUGCUGUGGGUCAUACAGGAAAUGUGUCCCAUCAACUUUGAGGAGGAACUUGCGUACUGGGGUCUGAACCUGAAGGACACUCAGCGCUGCUGCUGGAUAGUGUUCGAGGAGAAGGUGGAUGAGUUGAAAGACAACCUAAAGGUGGAGAGUGAGCUCAUGGCUGAGAUUCAGGUAAAGUACAAUGACGAGACCUUCAAGGACAUGAUGUUUGGUGACGUGAGGAAGACUCUGUGGAAUAUUGUAGAGAAUCCCUACUCUUCAGCAGUGGCAAAGGUUGUCGGUGUGCUCUCUAAUCUUUUUGUGCUCCUCUCUAUCAUGGCAAUGACUCUCGACUCUGUGGAGGAACUCCAAAUAUAUACAAUUAAUGGGAAAACAUACGUGCAAUGGGUGGAAAUCAUCACCAUUGUGUUCUUUACCGUUGAAUAUUUAUUACGCCUUUUAACCACUCCUGAUGUCAUGAUGUUUUUGAUGAGUGGACUCAACUUUGUGGACAUGGUGGCAGUAAUGCCUUAUUUCUUGCAGAUCAUUUUUGAUGCCUUUACUAACACUGAGGACGUGAACACACAGGAAGACCUCAGGACCAUGGCUCGGGUCAGCAAUCUCGGGCAUGUCCUCAAGAUGGUCAAGUUGCUGAGGGUCUUUCGAAUUUUGAAGCUGGCUCGACACUCGACCGGCAUGAGAGCGUUUGGAUUCACUCUGCGGCAAUGUUACCAGCAGGCCUCUUGCAUUUUCCUUUUUAUUGCCAUGGGAAUCUUCACAUUCUCAGCACUCCUUCAUUCAGCCGAGAGGGAAACUGAAGGAUCCCCCAUCAGCAGUAUCCCAUACGCCUGGUGGUGGGCUGCUGUCAGCAUCUCUACGGUGGGCUACGGCGAUGUGGUUCCUGUCACGAUCCUGGGCCGCGUGGUGGCCUUUGGCUGCAUUUCGUUUGGUAUCAUCUUGAAUGGCAUGCCCAUCUCCUUCCUCUUUAACAAGUUCUCUGAUUACUAUGCCAAGCUGAAGUCCCAGGAGUGCAACGCUACCACAGUGCAGCGACACUUUCAGCUGAGGAAGCGACUGCGGCACAGAAUGGACCUGUGCUUCCAUCCGCCAGAUGAAGACACCCGUACAACCAGCAUCUGCACUGACUGACCUUAAACGGAUAUAGGGAUUUAUGGAGGGAGUUGCUUGAUAGGGAUGUCCCGAUACAACUUUUUCACUCCCAAUACGAUAUCGAUAUUGCAGCCUUGAGUAUUGGCCAAUACCGAUAUCGAUCUGAUACAAUAUCAGCACGAAUCAUAUAUACUUUAAUUACUUAUUUUGUAGUGUGGAAUGUUAGAAUAGGCUUGAUCAAGUGAUAUUACUUAAACAGCUUGCCUCAGGAUGAGCUAGCAUGGUGCUAACGGCUUGCUCCCUGUGCGGUUUCGUAGCCUCUGAUUUCAGAGGUUAAAGAAAAAUGUUUAACCUCUGAAAUAGCAGUAGCACACACACGCUGUUGUUGUGAUCAUGUGGGCUCUACAUGCAUCCAACACGCAGAGCCCACGUGAUCACAACUAGCGCUGCUGGAUAGAAGUGCUGGAGCGGAAUGUACUGCUUGUAUCGUAGCGCUUAUAUCGGAGGUUUUAGAGGCAGUCCCAAAAAACCGAUACUUUUAGCUGAUAUCGGACCAAUAUCCAAUAUCAUUAUUGGAUCGGGGCAUAACCUAUUGCUUGGUGAACUUCAGCGCUUUCCGUAUGAUUGAUUGUCUCUGUUCUCUGUUGGAUACAGAUAACAGAAUUCGCUUUUCCACUACAUUGUCCCAGCCCGACUCCAGAUAGUACCUGAUCCUUUUUUUUAGUACCUGCUCUGCAAGGUUCCGAUACUAUGUGUGACGUCGUCAGACUGCUGUCACUGGAAGAGUCAAGAAUCAAACUGGACAAUUCUGAACUGUAGAUUGAUUAAAAAGACCUAAAAAUCAUAAAAACUUGCGUUAAUCGCCAACGUUUAGCAAGGAAAUGUUAGUGCUGUCAGUUUAACGUGUUAUUAACAGUAUUAACGCAAACCCAUUUUAACUGUGUCAAUUUUUUUUUAUCAUGAGAUUAACGUCCUUUUUGGCAGAGCAAACUUUGUAGUUUUUUCACAUGCUGUAGCAACAACUAGUAACAUUAGAAAAACUACAACACCACACUAGAUCUAGCUAAACCGGAAAUAAAACAACAGGCUCAUGAGCCGGCCAGAGAGUUUUAGGCUUAUGUUAAGUUUUGAGUGGAUGGCGAGCGAUGUGAGCUUUUCCGUCUCCAAGCGGGCUCUCCGUAUCCAACGCAGCCUUUAGCUCGGAUUAUCUUAUUACAGCAACAACACAUUAAACCACGGCACUUUAUUCACAGCACUGCAGGGUGAUACACAGCAUAUCCAUAGUUCUUGGUAUAGAUGGGCUCUCCUGCCACAAAGCAGGAUUAGCAUGAUUGUCAUGAUAUGUUUUCUGACUUAUUUGUUUUGCCUCCACCUUCUUCUUAAGAUCUGGGUGUAUGAGAUCAAGAGUACAUCUCAAUUUUCUCCCCAUCAGCAUCUCAGCAGGAGACAAGCCCGUUGUUGACUGUGGAGUGAUACGAUAGCUUUGUCUCUACUGUAUCACCACUACCCCUUUUCAUGAGCUCUUUUAAAGUUUGCACCGCUCGUUCAGCUAAACCGUUAGAAGAUGGUGAUACGGUGCUGAUGUCACAUGUGUUAUUCCAUUUCUUGUCAUGAACUCUCUGGUUUGUUCACUGACAAAACACUGUGCAUUGUCUGAGACAAUCAUCUCUGGGAUUCCAUGUGUGCUAAAAACUGUUUCUAAGACAGUUUAUUGUGGUUGCUGAAGUGGAUGAAGUCACAGGGUGGUAGACCUCUAACCAUUUUGAAUGAGCAUCCACAAUC